AUGAAGAGGAAACGGCGCGCUAGAGACCAUCGACCGGAAGAACCGGAGAAGAGGAACCGGAUCAAGGUGGCAGGCAGGAACACCAAUGUUCUCUCAUCUGUGCUGCUCCAAAUCCUGCUGUAUCUCUCAGCAGCUUACAGUGUGUUUUACUUCCUGUCCACCCUCUCCAUGAUCAUCUACAAGAACGUGCAUCUACUGUUUCUCAUGGCCAGUCUUGAGGUCCUGAGGGUGUACUGGGGGAUCAGGGGGAACCUACAGGAGAGCGAGAGCUACACAGCUUCGAAUCUGAUUGCCACAGGUGCCGCAGUGCUGCUGGCACUCUAUUUCGUCAUUUGGCAGUCAUACGUGCUGCGAGCUGACGUCAUCAUCGGCUCCAUCCUGAUCUGCUUGUACGGCCUAACAGGAAUUGUGGGGCUCGGGACGCUGGCGCCCUUCACCAGUGCUUAUUCCUGACCCAUCACAUAUCUGUGGCUACAGCUGACAGACUGUUGGAGAUUUUUAUUGCUAUGCAAUCAACUACUGUCUCCUUAUCUGAAUCUCUGAGGCAGGGAGCUCUGGGACUGAGCUAACAUUGCAAGGAGCUUGGAGACCAUGGCGCCUAAUAAAGGACCAUCUUUGGCAGCUUUAAUAGGAGUAACAGGACCAAGAGGCAAUGACAGAUGAAGGGAGCUUGGAGACCAGAGUGGCUGACAUGGGAGCUUUUGAACUGAAAUGCUUUGAUUUCUGGCUGUGGCUGAACCUCAUCACAGUCAGGAACCUCUGAAGAAGUAAUGACUGUAAUAUCUGGCCAUGACAGACACCUCUGGGCCUGUAUAGGGAUGACUGGGAGACUGGAGCCCAGGGUGGCUGUGCACUGAGACAGCCUUUGGGGCUGUCUUUGGCUCGGGCCUUUACAGGAACCUCUGAGGACGCAAUGACACCACUGGGGUGCCUAUGACAGGUGUGGAGCAGCCAUAGCGGGAACCUCUUUAGUAUCUUUGGCUUGCUUGAUGGCAGAGAAUGGGAGAGAGCUCUGGCAUUUGGACAGCUGUGGCAGGGACCUCAGGAAUGGAGUGGCAAUGAUGGGAAAAACAAAAAGGGGCAACCAAAAGAAGUAUGUACAUAUAUACAAUAUGUACACAUCCCUCCGGAAGCAGUACCGCCAGACGCAAAUACUGCUUCCUCAAGCCAAGGCGCAAGACGCUACACAAGGCUUGCUCGCCCCGCAAGACGCAAAGGCGAGAGGAGGGAUGGAAGCGUCUCCCGCUGCAGCCCGCAAGACGCAAAGCUGCAUGAGAGACGCCAACUGGAGUGGUCUUAUGAGACGACCUGAAACAAAACACAAAAAAGAACAGUUGAAGAUCUCCCCUUUGACAGGCCGGGUUUGGACCAGCGCUUGUACUGCAGCAGGAACAGGUCAUAGUCACUAGGGAAGCGUCCG